AUGGGCAAUCGUAAAAUUUUAAUUUGGAAUCUUGCGGUGAUUAUCCUUGUUAUUUUGACAAUAAAACAUAGUGAAGAAAGUAAAAUAAUUGAGUACGAUUUAACUGGCUAUGGAGGAAUACUCAUUGCUCGGCAAUUUGAUGAUGGGAAAAUUUUAAUUGCUACCUUGAAUGAACAUUCAUACUUGUUAUAUUUCAUUUAUCAAAAUGGAAGCAUAAUCCCUGUAAAUUAUGAACAUUCUAUAAAUCUUAGCAAUUCAAGUAGAUGGUUGCUUCAUGAUCUUAAACCUUUAGCAACAGAUCAU